UUCUUCAAAUACCUGUUUUACAUCUUCAUAAGUGAUCUGGAUGCUGGGAUCAAAUGCACCCUGAUGAAGUUUGUCAAUGACACCAAGCUGAGUGGGCAUGCAGCACAGGCUGGGAUCUCCCGGGAUUUGGAACAGCUCUGUGGAAAGGGAGCUGGGGGUCUUGGGGGAUACAAGCUCAAUGGGAAUGAUCAGUGUGCAGCUGCAGCAAAGAAAGCCGACAGGAUGCAGGGUUACAUCAACAGGGGCAUCACCAGCAAAGAUAAAGAUGUCACUGUUCCACUCUGCUCAGUGCUGGUCAGGCCACCCCUGGAAUACUGGGCUCGGUUUUGGUCCCUGCUGUACAGAAAACAUGUGGAUGGGCUGGAGAGGGUCCAGAGAAGGGCCACAAAGAUAAUUGAGGACUGGACAGCAUGUUCCACGAAGGAAUUGAUUGAGAGCUGCUGUGGAGCUGGCCAGCAGUGGGCUAUAGACAACGGGGAGUGCACGGAAAUCCCUGUCAGUGGGAUGGAUGGUGACAUUUGCAGGAUUGCUCAGAAGCAGUGCUGCGUCUCCACUGUGAAGGAGAACAGCUGCCUGGCUGGCAUGAUCGCUGCCAAGGAGGGAGAUGUGUGCGGGCCAGAGGAAGGGGAUCCCUGUGGAGGAUCAGCAUACAAGCAAUGCUGUGACUGCUGUAAUCUGGGCCUGCGACUGAGGAGUGAGGGGAAAUCCUGUGAGUCCAGCAUCAAUCUGGGCUACCCCUGCAGCCAUGUGAUGCUGUCCUGCUGUGAAGGGGGAGACCACUUCAUCCAUCCAGAAAUAAAAAGGCAACCUGAACCUCUGCCAACAGUGACACCUGAGAAGGUUUCAGAGACAGAAGAUCACAAUGAAGCUUUGUCUAUCAAUAAUGAAGCUGAGUUGUCAAAUAACCUGCCUGGAGAUGACCUGGAUGAAUGUCUUAUCUAUGGUGGGGAGCUCUGCCAGCAUUUGUGUAUAAACACUGUGGGGUCCUACAAGUGCUCGUGUUUUCCAGAAUUCAGUUUGCAAGAGGAUGGGACCAGCUGCUCUCCAGAUCUUGACAGAGGACAGGUGGCAAGGCUGGAAGCAGGAGCCACCAUCCCUCCGGUAGCCUCUCCUUCUCAGCCUCUUCGCAUUGUGUCCUUAGAAGAAGAGCAGGAUAAGUGUAAAGAGAACGGCCCCUGCAAACACAUCUGCAAUGUCGUGGAAGGAAACGUUGUGUGCUCUUGUUUGUCUGGAUAUACGAUCAUGGCUGAUGGGAUUUCUUGUGAAGACAUUAACGAAUGUGUGACCGACACGCACACCUGCCAGCGGAGAGAGCACUGCCUUAACACGGUGGGAUCAUUCAAAUGUCUCCAGGAACUGAGCUGUCAGCCAGGUUAUGAACUGAAGGAUGGAGAAUGUGUUGAUAUUGAUGAGUGCGAGAGGGGAACUCACAGUUGUAAGGUAAACUUCGUUUGUCAGAAUACAGAAGGAUCAUUCUACUGUGAGUCAAAGCAGCGCUGCAUGGAUGGAUUUUUACAAGACCCUGAGGGAAACUGCGUUGAUAUUAAUGAAUGCACAUCUCUAUCUGAGCCAUGUAAACCAGGAUUCAACUGCAUCAAUACUGUUGGGUCUUACACCUGCCAAAGGAACAUACUGACAUGCAGCAGGGGCUACCACUCCAACGAGGAGGGAACGCGAUGUGUCGAUGUGGAUGAAUGUCAAACUGGUGUGCAUCGUUGUGGUGAAGGGCAGAUUUGUCAUAACCUGCCUGGGGCUUACCGCUGUGACUGCAAGAUGGGGUUUCAGUACGAUGCCUUCAGCAGGGGCUGCAUUGAUAUAAAUGAGUGCUGGAACUACCCUGGACGCCUGUGUCAGCACACAUGUGAGAACACCCCUGGGUCCUACCAUUGCACUUGUUCUUCUGGUUUCCGCUUGUCCUAUGAUGGGAAGCACUGUGAAGAUGUGAAUGAAUGUGAUACUAGUCCCUGCAGCCAGGAGUGUGCCAAUGUUUAUGGUUCCUAUCAGUGUUACUGCAGGCAAGGUUUCCAGCUAGCAGAAGAUGGGCAUUCUUGUAAAGAUAUUGAUGAGUGCACACAGAGUGCAGGCAUUCUUUGUACUUUCCGCUGCGUGAAUGUUCCUGGUAGUUAUCAGUGUGCUUGUCCUGAGCAGGGAUAUACCAUAGCAGCCAACGGAAGAACCUGUCGAGAUAUCGAUGAAUGUGCAAUAGGAACCCACAACUGCUCAGCUGCAGAGACUUGCUAUAACAUCCAGGGCAGCUUCCGCUGCCUGUCCUUCGAGUGCCCUUCCAACUACAGAAAAGUGUCUGACAUGAGGUGUGAACGAAUCAGUUGUUACAACUAUCUGGACUGCCAGAACACUCCAGUGCGCAUCACCUACUACCAGCUGAACUUCCAAACCAACAUCGUGGUCCCAGCUCACAUUUUCCGUAUUGGACCAUCACCUGCCUAUGCUGGAGACAACAUAAUCCUUACUAUUAUCAAGGGAAAUGAAGAAAACUACUUCAGCACUCGAAGGCUGAACUCGUACACGGGCAUCGUCUAUCUUCAGCGACAAGUGAAAGAGCCUAAAGACUUUUUGCUGGAUGUGGAAAUGAAACUGUGGCGUCAGGGAACAUACACCACUUUUCUUGCCAAAAUUUACAUUUUCAUCACAGCUCAUGCGUACUGAAGCAUGUAUUGACAUUGGAUUUUAUUGGUGCUAUGCUCUUUAGCUGUUCUACCAAAGCUUAAUCCUGUUGAACUGGCAUUUCAUGUAUUUAGCCUUUAUAUUAUUUUUCUAUCAUUGCUUUAAACUUUUUUAUUGGUUUUGUAAAUUAAGUUAAUUUUUAUCUUUUGUGUUUUGUUUUCUUAAGCAGUUCUUUACAUCAUAGUUUGACAAGGAACAAAGGAAGGGUUACAGAGGCAGCACAUACAUUGUGUUCAAUGCUGGAACCUUUUCUCAGCAAUGAUUUUUAGGUUUAGCCACAUCUGCAGGGUAUUGCACUAG